CUUCGGUCCGGCGCCACAGCUGGUCCCAAAACUCGAGGGAUCUAACCGCUUUCUGUGUUACUAGGAGAUUCGGCAAUAUGCGGUCUGCAGCGCUGGUCCUGCUGAUGGCGUGCGCGGCGUGCGCGGUGCCCGUGCUGCCCGUGCAGUACGCGCUCCCGGGGCUCGUGCACGCACCUUUAGUGCACGCUGAACCUGUGGCGUACCCGAAGUACGCGUUCAACUACGGGGUGAAGGACCCGCACACCGGCGACAUCAAGUCUCAGCAGGAGGAGAGGGACGGAGAUGUCGUUAAAGGCAGCUACUCGUUGGUAGAGCCGGACGGCUCAACACGGACGGUGUCGUACGCGGCCGACGACCACAACGGGUUCAACGCCGUCGUGCACAAGACUGGCCAUGCUGUGCACCCCGCUCCGGUGGUGGCCCCGGUCGCACACUACGCGCACGCGCCGCUCGCCAUCAGCCCCUACCUACACUGAAAUACCCACCUUUAAUGUAAUUACUUAGGUAAUUAAUUAUACUUACCAUAUUACUCUUAAUUAUUAUGUGUUUAAGUAAAGUCAAAGAACAACGAGAUGGCAACACAGGGUCAGUGGAAGCAAUGGAACUACUCGAUCGUCUUAUGUAUUUUUCAGGUGCAUUGUAUAGUACUGUAAAAAUUAUGUUGUAAAAUGUUAAAAAACCAAAUAAAUAUUACAAAAUAUGUUUACCUACGAGUAGGGAAAUUGGGCUUGAUAAUGUUACAUAGAUGUUAAAUAAAUUCAGUUCUGAAAGUUGUGAUUCUAUAUUUGCGGUAUUAAGUAGAUUAUGGUAAGGUUGGUAAUCAAUAUACUCGUAAAAUCUUAUGAAUCUUAAGUAUGGUAAAAUAACAUUAUUAUGAUAGCAUCUGAAGUACAACAAUAUAUUAACUUACGCAGGCAUACAAAAUGCACUCUACCUACACUAA